AUGAUCCAUACCAUGAUUUAAAAAUAUGUUUUAAGCCCAAAUUCAAAUUAUACAUUUUAAAUAACUGCAACUAAUUUGAAAACAUCUGAAAGCUAAGAAUAAAACUUCACUAUUGAUAUAUUAUCAGCUGGAUUGCUUUGUUAGUUCAAUAAUUAAGGAUAUUAGAAUAUUAAAAGGGAUUUAAACCUCUAAAUUUUUUGUCAAGAUUUAGACUACACAUAUCUAUGGAACAGUGAUCCAGAUUUGCACAUUUCGGUGGCUUGCAAGGAUCUAUUACGGAAUAAUUAUUGUUAAGAUGAUAGAAAGUAAAUCAUUAAUGUUAAUAAAACUGAGGCUUUUCAAUUCAUUAGAAAGAGUUCCAUUUCUCCCUUUUCAACUCAAGAAUGGACAGUAACAGCAUCAAAAUUUCAAUAAACUUCCAAAUUUACUUUAGUUAUUAUUUAUCUAGAUGACGAGUUCCCUUUUUAGGAACUAGAAUUCAAUAAGGGUUAUUUAAUGAGAAAAAUUAAUAAUUAUGAAUAAUUAAAUUUUACAUUUCUAAUUCCUUUUGAAGAAAGAUUUGAGUUAUUAGAACUAUCAAUUGCAAUUAUUUAUGACUAUGAGAUUGUAGAAAUACUGCAACCAAAAUAUCAAUCACAUUAAUUCAAGAUAUUUAAUUACAUCAAAGAAUUAAAGUUUGGUAAUAAUUUCAAUCUUAAAUUUUCAGCACAAUAUACAAAUAAUAUUAUGCCAAGCCUAUAGAAUUUAAAAUUGUCGAUCAAUUACCCACCUAAAUGUUCAAAAUUAAUUAUUACUCGUUAAAGUGAUUUAGCAUUGACUACUUUUAUAGUAGCAGCUGUUUGUGAAUAAUCAAAUGACUCUCCAUAUAAAUAUUAACUUAGGCUAUUUUUGAGAGAAUCAGAUUUACUGAAUUUUUAAAAGGAAUAUCAGAUAAUUCUUUAACUUUAUUUCCAUUUUAAGAUUCAAAUUAAUUCUCAAUUUAAACCCCUUCUUCUAUGAAUUAAUCAAAAGUUGAAAUUUUAGUAUAAGUUCUUGAUAAUGGAGGAUCAGUAACUAAUAUUGUUGAAAAGAUUAUUAUGAAAUCUGCAGCGAUAAAUUGUACGUCGCUCUAAUUUUGGAACUUGAAUUUAUAAAACAAAAUAUUAAUGUUAUUUGAAACACUUAAUCAAAAAUGUGAUUGGUUGCAUUCAUAAAUUUAUCUUGAUUUGCUAUCAAAUUUAAUUUUACAGGAUAAUGAUGAGAACACCCUGAAAUUUUAGGCAGUUAAAUUAUAUAAACAACUUUUAGUCUUACAAAAGGAACCUGGCAAUCGUUUAUUAAAGGAAACAAUCCAAACAAGGUGUUUAGGUUCUCACUCAAACCAUUUAUACAUUACUUAACAUUCAUCUGAGGUGAACUUAACAUUAGUUCUAGAAGACUUAAAGAAAAAUAUUGAUAAAUUAGAUUUAGCUCUAAAAUACUAUAUUAAAAUGAAGAAAUAAUUUGACGACGAACUUAAACUAAAUUAGUAUAUUUGGGAUGAAGAAACCAUUCAAAAGUAUGAAAACUAACAAUACCUAUUAAUAUCUUUAUUAUACUAUGUUGAUGAUGUUUAUUCUUAUCUGUCCUCAGUAAACUUAAAAAAUGAAACUUUAUAUCAAGCUGUAAAUGAAUUAUUAAGGUUUAUACCUUAGAUUGCAGAAGAAACAUAAUAUAUGCUGGUUGUAAAUGAAUAGCCUUUAAUUCUUAUUGGGAAAGAGAUUGCUUGGUAGAUCAAAAGAACAACAAAGACAAAAUUUAACUAAUAAUUUAAUUUAGAAUCAAUACCAGAAGAUUUUCUUAUUGAUUUUAUUCAAUAUGAAUCCACUUACUUUUAAACAAAUCCUUUAAGAUUUUUCAAUGAUUUGAAAAAUAUUUAAACAUAAUUGAAUGACUAAACUAUAUAAAUAUACCCAGAACACUACUACCUAAUUAAUUUGAAAAAUGGCUAACACAAUAGAUAUUUAUAAUAUGAAAAUUUUUCCUCCAUUUAUGGCACAAAAUUUGGAUCCUAUUAGAUUUGCUAAGAUAAUACUGAAUUAUUAUAAGAAUAAGAAAUUAUGUGCGCAGUGAAAACCAUCUCUGGAAUGUUUUCAUAUUGUGAUUUGAAUGAACUACAAAAGAAAGAUGCCAUUGAGUUAACUUGCGAAUGUAAUAAAUUUGGUGAUAUUUUCUUGGUCACCUCAACAAAAUUUAAUCAAUUAAAUAGCAAUGAUCAUGAAGAAAUAUCGGAUUUUAAUUUUGCCUUCACAUAGAAGGAUGUAUUAACUUUAAGAAUCGGUACUGGGUCAUUAUCAGUAAUAUUUCUAGCAAUUUAUAUUUUUCAACUAAAAAAAGAUUAAAAAGAUGAGUAAGAUAGAUCUGACACCGAAUAAAGUAACUUGAAUACAUAAAAUGUUUAAGAUAAAAAUAAUUAUAUGUUUCAGGGUUGUACAAAAGUGUUCAAGGAAAAUUUUAAGUAUCAUUAAAUUAUUAUUUAGCAAAUCCAUCAAAUAAUAUAGUUAUUUUAUUAUAGAGACAAAUUUAUUAAAUUUAGUUAUAGGAUUUUAGAGGUUCUCUCUGAAUUCAAUCUGCUCUUGGCUUAUGCAAUGA